UGGAUAAGACAGUGUAUUUUAGCAUAAACUGCAGAACUAGUACUGGGAGGCCUUCAGGAGAUUAACUGAAUCAGUGACUAAGCUCUAGAGCAGAGGUCAGCAAACUUUUUGUAGAGAGCUGGAGGGUAAAUAUUUUAGGCUCUGUGGGUCAUGUGGCCUCUGUGGCAGCCACUCUACUGGUGUAACACGAAAGUAGCAAUUCACAUAAAUGAAUGAGUAAGCCUGUGUUCCUGUAGAACUAUUAAAAAAUCAGGCAGUGGACCAGUAUAGCUAGAUUAGAAUCCUGGCCCGUUUCAGUUAUCCUGUAUAAUAAAUCACUCCAAAGCUUGAUGAUGCCUUUGUUGUUUUGCAUCGUUCUGUCAUCUGCUAGGCUCAGCUGGCACUUCUGCUGCUGGUCUUGCCUGCUGUCACUAGGGAGGCUGUGUUAAGUUGGCUAGCUAGCUAGAAACUAGACCCAAGGAAGAACCUAGGGAUAGCUGGGCCUCUGACUCUCUGUGUGUAGUCUCAGAGCUCCUGCCCUCCACCUUGUCUACCCACCCCUAUCCCUCUAACCUAGUAGCUGGACUUACGUGAUAGAUUAGGGUAUCCAAGAGUGCACAAGUGGAAGCCACAGAUGUUUUGCAAGUUGUAAAAUAUUUGUACAUCAUUUCCAUCCGGUCCUAUGGGUUAGACCAGGACCAAAUGCAAGAGAGGGGCAUGAUCACCAAUGAAACAGACUGGUACAUUGCUACCUCUAAGUAGCUGAGUGAUUGUGGAUGGGUUCCUUAACCUCUUUAAGUUUUAGACUUUGUAUUUGUAAGGUAGAGUUGAUGACUUAUAGGAUUUUGAUAAGGCUACAGUAAGAUAUAGAAAGCCUUUUUUUCAAAAAAUUUAUUUGUUUAUUUAUUUAUUUGAAAGGCAGAAUUACAGAGAGGCAGAGGUAGAGAGAGAGAGGUGUCUUCCAUCCACUGGUUCACUCGCCAGAUGGCCAGAAUGGCCAGAGCUAUGCCGACCCAAAGCCAGCAGCCAGGCGCUUCUUCCGGGUCCCCCACAUGGGUGCAGGGGCCCAAGGACUCGGGCCGUCCUCUGCUGCUUUCCCAGGCCAUAGCAGAGAGCUGGAUUAGAAGUGGAGCAGCCAGGACUUGAACCGGUGCCCAUAUGGGAUGCUGGUGCUGCAGGUGGCUGCUUUACUGGCUAUACCACAGUGCCGGCCCUGAUACAGAAAACUCUUAGCACAUAGUACCCGAUACAUAGAGGCCACUCAAUAAGCAGAAGCUGGUAAAGUGAUAAAAAAACAUAGAGGAGAAAUGCAUAUAUGGGUAUAUUUAUGUGUAUAUGUCUGUAUAUUUAAUUAUUUGAAAAGAACUGGUUUGUUAGCAUGACAAACUGUCUUGUGCUGUGGUGUAACAGACUUAUUCAAAAUUAUGUGUAGCAGUAUUUUUGGAGCAAAAUUAAGACAUGACCGAAUCUAAUUUUGCUUUCUGACACAUAGUAAGUGAUAAGUAAAUAUUGCUAAAUGAGUAAAUUGAUUAUAUGCUUUUUUGUUUCUGGGAAGAAAGCUCAAAAUUUAACAUAAAUAUGCAAACAGUCUAUCAGGAUUUGGAAUAUGGAAUGUGUUUUGUCUCUGAGCUGAGAUCCUGUUUUGCUCUCUCUUUCAGGUGAUAGAGGACAUAUAUCUUAACUGGGUUGCUCUAAGAACUGAUGCGUAAACCAUCUCAGCAUGGCCUGUAGAGGAAGAGGUGGGCCUGGCCAGCCUCCCUCAGCUGCACUCUCCCCCGUUAGCCCUGGAAGUCUUUCCGCCUCUAGAACCAGUGCUCAUAACAUAUGCAUGGUGUCUGACUUUUUCUACCCAAAUAUGGGAGGUGUGGAAAGUCACAUUUACCAGCUCUCUCAGUGCCUGAUUGAAAGAGGGCACAAGGUCAUAGUUGUUACCCAUGCGUAUGGAACUCGGAAAGGCAUCCGUUACCUCACUAAUGGCCUCAAAGUCUAUUACUUGCCUCUGAAAGUCAUGUACAACCAAUCUACAGCCACGACCCUCUUUCACAGUCUGCCAUUGCUCAGGUACAUAUUUGUUCGGGAGAGAGUCACGAUAAUCCAUUCACAUAGUUCUUUUUCUGCCAUGGCCCAUGAUGCUCUCUUCCACGCCAAGACAAUGGGGCUCCAGACAGUCUUCACGGACCAUUCCCUUUUUGGAUUUGCUGAUGUCAGCUCGGUGCUUACAAACAAGCUUCUAACUGUGUCUCUUUGUGACACAAACCACAUCAUUUGUGUCUCCUUUACUAGUAAGGAAAAUACUGUGCUAAGAGCAGCACUGAAUCCUGAAAUAGUAUCCGUCAUUCCUAAUGCGGUAGAUCCUACUGACUUCACUCCAGACCCAUUUAGAAGGCAUGAUAGUAUAAUAACUGUUAUUGUUGUCAGCAGACUUGUUUACAGAAAAGGGACCGAUUUGCUUAGUGGUAUAAUACCUGAACUCUGUCAGAAAUAUCCAGAUUUACAUUUCAUAAUUGGAGGAGAGGGACCAAAGAGAAUUAUUUUGGAAGAAGUGCGGGAAAGAUACCAGCUACAUGACAGGGUACGUCUUUUGGGAGCCUUAGAACACAAGGAUGUUAGAAAUGUGUUAGUUCAAGGACAUAUUUUUCUUAAUACCUCCCUUACGGAAGCAUUCUGCAUGGCGAUCGUGGAAGCAGCCAGUUGUGGUUUACAGGUUGUAAGUACCAGGGUUGGUGGAAUUCCUGAGGUACUUCCAGAAAGUCUUAUUAUUUUAUGUGAGCCUUCAGUAAAAUCCUUGUGCGAAGGUUUGGAAAAAGCUAUUUUCCAACUGAGGUCGGGGAUGUUGCCAGCUCCAGAAGAUAUCCACAACAUAGUAAAGACUUUCUAUACCUGGAGGAAUGUGGCAGAGAGAACUGAAAAAGUCUAUGACCGCGUGGCUGAGGAGGCUGUGUUGCCAAUGGACCAACGACUGGACAGGCUCAUCUCUCACUGUGGCCCAGUGACAGGCUACAUUUUUGCUUUGUUGGCUGUGUUCAACUUUCUCUUCCUUGUUUUGCUGAGAUGGAUAAUUCCAGAUUCCAUCAUUGAUGUUGCAGUAGAUGCCACUGGGCCAAGGGGCACCUGGACGCAUCAGCAUCCUCACAGUGAAGACAAGGUUGAGGAUAGUGGAAAGUGUAAAACCAGGUAGAAGAGAGCCUGGCUUGUAAGAUUUAAAUGUUUUGUAAUAGUUCUAUGAAGAUUAUAUUGAAAAUGACCUUGCUUUUUUUUUUGAAAGUUAAUUUAGUAAGUUAUGCUACCUCUAUAUCAUUCAGUGUUUUAUUUUGAGGAAAGAUAGAAACUUAUGCAAUUCCUGAGUGUACAAACUCCUUGCACUUACUUAAAAUUUAGGAGAGAAGAUUUAACCCACUCAGGUAUGACAUUUUUCAGAUUACUGAAAUCCCUCUAGCAGAAAUGUUUUAACAUUAUAUUUUGAGAGCUUUGGGUGCUGAAGGGCCAAACGUUUUCUGGGCAUUUUUUGGCCAGUUUUUAAUGUUAUACCGUUAAUUUGACACUCACCAAAUGUUUACAAAUUUUCUUUGGGGAAGUACAACAACUACAUAAACUAUUUUAAGUCAUAGUCAUCGACGUUUAUUAACAUCUCAGUCAUGCUCUUACACAUUCGUUGGGUCCACUCCAUAGGUGUUACAUAGAAGUAGCAGGUUUCUUGUAAAUUGGUUUGUUAGCUAGCACCAUGUUUUGAGCACCUGCUAUGUGUAACAUGCCAAAUUAGGUACUUCCUGCCAUUGAAGGGCCAGGGAUACGUUCACUCUUUAUUAUUAUUCAAAUGGCUUCCUUCAUUGUAGUCACAGUUGACACAAAAUGAUAGAAUAUCCAACAUGCCAAAAAUGCUCAUGCUAAUUCAAUGCCAGGAAAAAAAAUGCCAGCAUACUCCAAGUACUUUAUUUUUGUGUUCUAGGUAGAACCUUCACUUUCAGUUGUAUCUAUGAAGAUCCUAUUUGCUUUUCAAACACUAGGGACCGAUAUCACUGUUGAUGAUCGUGCAGAGAAGCCUUCCCCAUUCAGUGCAUAAUUCAGUCCUCUGUAAAUGCCUUCAUGUUUCCUGAGCAGAGUGUAUGAGGUGUGUCAUCUCCAAACCAGCUGCUGCCCUGUCUUUUUGAUAUGUUACUCCCCUUCACUGUGGCCUAGCUGAUGUCUGAUACGUAUUGUCAGUGUGCACAGGCUUCACUCCCCAGUGUUGUGUUUAUAACAGAUCGAGCCUGAGAAUGUCAGGAACACAGUCCCUGUGUAGGUGGGUGUUAACUGUAAUCGUUACCCAGAGCCAUGGGUUUUUUUAACCCCAAAUUAUCCACAUGGUGUGUAUUUUUAAUUUUUCAAACUCUUUAGAAUAUGUUUUUGUGAAAAAGGGACUGUGAAAUCCAAACCAUGGGGCACUUGGGUACAUUGGAGAGAUUCUGUCAGUAUUGUGAUUCUGUACAGGAUUUUUUAAAAAGACAUCAUUCAUAAAACUACUUACUUUUUAAAAAGUAUCAAUAUGCCUAUUAACUGGUUGCCACUGUUACAAAAAGAAAAUCUGUGUUUUGUUUGUAUUAAAACACAAAUACGAGAGUGUAAUUUUUAAAAUCUAGAAGGUUAGAGGUUCUUUUGCUGGAGAAAAUUGAUCAAACCAUUCAGUCUUACUGGGAUUUGUAUGCAUAGAAAGUGACAUGUAAAUAUGAAAUAAACAGUGCCAGUAUUCAUGGUAAAGGGAGAAACUGUAAUGUUUGGUUUUAUUUAUUCUACUAGGCAAUUUUUAAAGGUACCUUACUAUUUUGUUCUUGUAUUUUUGCUUCUUAAUUUUUUUCAGAAUUGUCAUUUAAUUCUAAAAUUCUCAUUUAUUGAAGAUGAAAAUAGAAUUUGAAGUUAGUUACGUUUGCAUGUAAAAUAUGAAAUGUACAAGUUAAAAUUAUUUUCCAUGUUUUUUAACAAAUAGAAGUAAAUUUAUUUCUCCUGCUUAAAUCUUAAUUUUCAGAUUUUCUGGAUACCUUACUUGUAACUUUCAGUAUUGCACUGGUCAGUAUGUGAAACAUUGUUGUACCCUGCUACUUAACAUUCAUUUAAAAGUGAACUUAACAGUGAUGAGGAAUUUAUGAAAAAUACAUUGUAUUUCUUUUGGUGUUAGAAAAAGUUGCACAUGUAAAACUGAUUUGUUACAACAUGCUACAUGUCCAAAAAAUAAAGAACUGAAUGGCAUUUUGACAAUUUUUUGA